AUGGAUGACAAAAGGCAAGCAACAGCUUCAAUAAUAGGGGAACAUAUAAAAAUGAAGUUCUUGGAUAUAAAAACAAUCUAUACUCCAGCUGAUAUUAUUGCAGAUAUUCAGAGAGAUUUUGGGAUUGUUUUGAGUUACAAUAGGGCAUGGAGGUCAAAAGUAAAGGCACUAAACCAAAUUAGAGGCAGUCCGCGCGACUCGUAUUCAAUUUUGCCUGGAUAUUUGCACAUGCUUCUACAAACUAAUCCAGGGUCAGUUGUGGAUCUUCAUACAACUGAUGAAAACAAAUUUGAAUAUAUGUUUAUGGCUCUAGAUGCUUCUAUUAAAGGUUGGAGAUACUGUAGACCAAUAAUUGUAGUAGAUGGAACAUUUUUGAAGUCAAACUACGGUGGAAUAUUAAUAACAGCAAGUACACAAGACGGAAAUGGUAAGAUUUUCCCCCUUGCUUUUGCAAUUGUUGAUUCCGAAAACGAUGAUUCUUGGGAAUAUUUUUUUUUUAAAUUGAAAGAAGCAUUUGGUGGAAGAAAUGGGCUGUGUAUUGUUUCAGAUAGGCCUUUGAGUAUAUUGAAUGGUGUCAAAAAGGUUUUUCCUGAAGCAAGUCAUGCAAUAUGUAUGUACCAUUUGCUAAGUAACAUCAAAUCAAAGUUCAAACACGAUCCGGAUACAUUGAGAGACUGUUUCUAUGGAGCUGCAAGAUCAUACACAACUAAGGGAUUUGACUACUACAUGAAAGAGCUUGAUGCCAUUAAUGCCGGAAUUCGAAAGUACCUAACAGAUAUUAGGAUCGAGAAGUGGGAAAGAGCACAUUGUAAAGCUAAUAGGUACUCGACAAUGACAUCGAAUAUCGCCGAGUCUUUGAAUGCAGCAAUCAAGGCAGCUAGGGAAUUACCAAUAACAACGCUCCUGGAAAGUUUGAGACGUUUGAUGCAAGAAUGGAGUUAUGCUAACAGAAAUAUUGCAAUUUGUACAUUUACUAAGCUGACAAACAAAGCAGAACAUGAACUCAGAAAUCACUAUGCAUCAUCUUUAAGAAUGAAGGCUUCAACAUAUGUUAGAGGUUUGCACAGUGUGGAAGAUGGUGAUAAAACCUUUAUAGUAAAACUUAACGAAAGAACAUGCACAUGCUGCAGAUUUCAAUUGGAUGAAAUGCCAUGUCCACAUGCUAUUGCUAUAUUAAGCAAACUACACCAAGAACCAUAUCAAUACUGUUCAGACUUUUUCACUAAAGAAAAUAUGCUUGCAACAUAUGAAGGAGUUGUCUAUCCAAUGCCUAGCCAAAAUAAUUUGGAUUUACCUGCCAAUGUUGAAAGUAUGGAAGUUCUUCCGCCAAUAGGAGCAAUUCCAGCAGGAAGACCAAAGAAAAGAAGAAUCACGGGACCAAAUGAAAUAAAGAAGACAAAUCAGUGUGGAAGAUGCAAACAAAGAGGACAUAAUAAGAAAACAUGUAAAAAUAUACCAAAAUAA